AUGUAGUCAUUUACGAAUGAAUUAGAAGCUUCUGAGAAGAAACAAAAAGAUGCUUUGCUCAUCAAGACUUCUUGGCAAAACAAGUUGUUCAAGCAUGAUAUAACCAAUAAGAUGGUCUAGAAAAUCAUAACCAUUGAAAGUUAGCAUCCUUUCUUAUAGGGAUCUAAACUUCUAGAAAAUAAACUGCCUAAAUCCUAUAGAAUCGACUAUGAGAAGUAUUUGAAAUUAAAAACCAGGGGGCUUAGUGUUUAGAAUGGAUAUAGAAAUAUCUAGACAUCAAAAGAAUUCAAACGUGGAUGCUGUUAGAAUAAACAAUAAAAGUUAAAUGACUUUUUAAUUGAAAAAGAUUGGGAUUAUAGAGAAAAAUUUAGAGAAAUAGAUUCAUCUUUAGAGGAGAGAAACGAGUUGAUAAAUACAACUUAAGUUGAGAGGUUUAUCAAAGACUGCUUUAAUAGAAUAAACGAACCACCUCCACGAGACCCAAUGAUGAGGCCGUCAGAUCUAUUUAGAAUGAAGAAGAAAAGCAUAUAAUUAGGCAUAAGAACUCCUUCUGCAAGAAACAGAGAUAAAAAGGAGUUAUUCGAAGCAAUAUAAAAAGUUAGAUACGGAGAAUUGUUUUCAGCAUCACAAAAGUAGCCAAAGAUUAUAAGUGAAAAACUAGCGAAACUCAAAGAUGCAGAAAAAACAUUAGUAAUAGAAGAUAUGAUUGAUUACUUAGAUUAAGAUCUGACUCAAUUUAAGAAAAAGUUGAGAACAGAAACUAGAACGUAGUUUCAAACACAUACACCAUUAAGAAAAUAGCUGAAUCUGCCUGUCAUUAACUACGAAUAAUCAGCUUCUCCUUCACAAAGUUAUUUGAGUCCGAGAAUUUAAAAAUAGAUUUAAUACAGUGAAAGUUUAAAAUACAAGAGAUACAGGUAAGCAUCUGUUUCCUCUAAAUUCAGGCGACUAUGA